AUGACUCACUCCGCUCAAAUGCAACAAGCAACUGAAAACAUCAACUCCAUGUUCCCAGACUCUGGUGGUGUUGACAACAUAGCCAGUGAAACUCAUGUCGAUUCCUACCGGUCGCUGGAUCCCUCUAGCUCAUCGCUGGAGGACUACAACCGCUCCAUGCUGCAGUACACCCAGCGCCAGAUGUCUUGCUUUGUUGACAUGAAUGACUCUCGCCGUGGAAGCCAGAGCAGCGGCAAGAGUGGUUUUAGUAUCGCUACUAGCAGCAGCAGUAGGUCCCGACAGGCCAAUGAAUCUUUCCCUUCCAUCAACAAUGCUGCUCCCCUUGCCGGGAACAAGCUCAGUGGUCGAGACAUGGCCGACGCUAAGUCUGCUGGAUAUUAG